GACUGCUUUCAGAGGCCUGACGGAUUGGGCAGAGUUGUUGAGUCGUGUGUGUGAUAAAGGCAGCGUGAAGAUGAAAUCCAAGUAGCGUACUUGUGUUUAGUGCCUGGAUUCUACUACUUUUGGAUACCGAUGUGACAUUUCACCGUGGAAGCGUUUUGUGCAUGUGAAACCAACGCCCAUCUUGGUGAAUUUCUGCGAGAUAUCGAGGAGCUACACUUCAGCUGGGGAGGGUUUUUUACCCCCUGAGCAGCGUUCAUCAUGGCGCUCACACAGCCCAGUGUCAAUUGUAGCUUGGACGACAUCGACCUUAACAGUUUAAAGGAUCCAGCUGGAAUAUUUGAGCUCAUUGAAGUCGUCGGCAAUGGCACAUACGGACAGGUGUACAAGGGCCGCCACACAAGGACGGGUCAGCUCGCAGCCAUCAAGAUCAUGGACGUCACAGAAGAUGAAGAAGAGGAAAUCAAGCUAGAAAUUAAUGUUCUCAAAAAGUAUUCUCAUCACCGUAAUAUUGCAACAUACUAUGGGGCCUUCAUUCAGAAGAGCCCCCCUGGCAAGGAUGACAAGCUGUGGUUGGUGAUGGAAUACUGUGGUGCUGGAUCUGUCACGGAUCUCGUGAAAUCCACGAAGGGGCAGUCUUUAAAAGAAGAGUGGAUAGCUUACAUCUGUAGGGAAAUUCUCAGGGGUCUUAGUCAUCUACAUGCCAACAAGAUCAUCCACAGAGAUAUCAAGGGACAGAACGUGCUGCUCACAGACAAUGCGGAAGUAAAACUAGUGGACUUUGGUGUUAGUGCUCAAUUAGAUCGAACAAUUGGAAGACGGAACACAUUCAUUGGAACUCCUUAUUGGAUGGCUCCGGAAGUGAUAGCCUGUGACGAAAACCCUGACGCAACUUACGACAACAGAAGUGAUUUGUGGUCCCUGGGUAUCACAGCUCUCGAAAUGGCAGAGUCCCAGCCACCGCUCUGUGAUAUGCAUCCAAUGCGAGCGCUGUUCCUGAUUCCGAGGAACUCUCCUCCACGAUUGAAGUCUAAAAAGUGGAACAAGAAAUUCCACAGCUUUAUAGAGACGGUGCUGGUGAAGGACUAUCAGCAGAGGCCUUACACAGAACAGCUGCUCAAGCACCCUUUCAUCCGCGACCAGCCCACAGAGCGACAGGUCCGUAUCCAACUGAAAGACCACAUGGACCGCUGUCGGAAGCACAAGAUGGCUGCCAGCGGCCGUGGGGGUGUAACGAGCGCUGCUGGGGAGGAAUACCAUUACAGCGGCAGUGACGGAGAAGACGAGGAGACUGGCCCAUCGGGUGACACCAGCUCGGGGGAUCCUGCACGCCAGGACUCGACGCUCCGCCGGAACUUCCAGCAACUGCAGCAGUCGCGUGACAGCGGAACGCUGACACCGCAGGGAGGUCCACCGAGCAAAGCCCCUGUCCCACCACCUGCUGGAUUUGGCGCCGGCUUCGUUCCCCCACCAAAGAGUUCUGCGUCGCAACAACCUCCAGAACUCCCUCAGAGGCCACCCCCUGUACCUCCACAGAGGGUUAUAGUUGUACCUGACCCACCGCCCCCGAGCAAGCCCCUCCCCCCGAUACCAGUGGAGGAAGAACGAAAGCCAGCCACGCCCCCCAGAAACCACCAGGCACCUCCCGCUCCCGCAGCUCGGGGUUCUGGUCACUUCCAGCAGCAGAAUCGGCGACCCGAGGAAUUAGAAGUGCUUGCUCAACAACUCAACGAAUUAGCGGCGGGAGGCGGGAACGCCAGGGCCUCCUCUGGCAGCGGGCGAGGCAACGCGGCUCCCCGUGUCAACGGCAACACCCCCAACGCUCACCAGUACCAGGAAGGCGCAGCUUCGGACUCCGAUGACGACGACGAAGAUGGCAUCAUACAGAACGAUGGCACACUGCUCGCUUCUGACCCGCCUCGGCCUUUACCUCCCGAUGGGUACAACCAGGACACGCUUCGCAACAUAUCAAGGGACAAUGACCCCUGUCAGGCCCCCAAUCGACCGCUCCCUCCGACACCUGACGAGGAAGAGGCCAAUGGGAGGAAUGACGGCACGUUGGUCAUGCGAAGGGUUACAACCGCGAGUACCACCAGCACAGCCACCGCAGUCACCACCGCAGUCACCACCACAGUAGCCAAUGGCCACAGCAGUAGUAGCAAACACAAUCACCACCAGCAAACCAAAUCCGUUGAGCUAGCACCUCAGCCCCACCCCCAGCCUAGUAAACGAACGCAGAGCAACAGCGAGAAAGAUCGCAGUCGAGACAGGCCGCACCAUCACCAGCGGCGCAAAGAGUCGUCUGCUUCGAACAUCGAAACGCGCGAGCAGAGGCGCUCGGAACGGAAGCAGUCGCUACCACUGUUGCCAGAGAAAAGCGAGCGGUCUCCAACGGCGGUGGCCGAGUGGCUCAUCAAGCAUUCGGCUUCACCUUCUUCUUCCGCAAAUGCCACACCCAUUCCAGCACCAAGGGCGGAUCGUUUACCGUCGAAGGACGAAGGAAGCCGCAGCGGAGAGUUGUCCAACCGUAACAGCGGAGUGCACUUAGGGCAGAAGGACGGCGGCAGCAAUAAGAACAACCGAAGCGACCACAGCCGCUCGGAGCUGUCUCAGAGCUCUUCCGGUAAUUUGGCCGGAUCGCGAUCCAGUGGAGGCGAGCUGCCGGAUCUUUUGCCACGUCAUGCUUCUCAGCAGUCACGGCAGGACAAGUCUACGUCGGAAGAAUACCGGCAGGCGAUUAACAAGACUCCGCCUCAGUUGCAGCUGCAACAGAAGCAGCGCUCCUUCCUGACGUUUGGUUUCAGCGCCGGGGGCACGCCCCCGACCCCGUCGCCCCGACGAGAGUCUCACGUCAAUGUCAACGUUACUCCAACGUCGCACGAGGCUGCAUCCAACACUCCGGAGAUCCGCAAGUACAAGAAAAGGUUCUACUCGGAGAUACUCUGUGCUGCACUAUGGGGAGUGAACCUGCUUAUUGGCACAGAGAAUGGUCUGAUGCUGCUGGAUCGCAGCGGCCAGGGGAAGGUGUACCAGCUGAUCUCACGCAGAAGGUUCCAGCAAAUGGAAGUGCUCGAGGGACAGAACAUCUUGGUCACCAUCUCGGGCAAGAAGCAGCGGGUGCGCGUCUACUACCUCUCGUGGCUCAAGAGCAAGAUUCUGCGCACUGAUGCACAAGUUGAGAAACGCAACGGUUGGAUCAAUGUUGGAGACCUUCAUGGUGCUGUGCACUUCAAAAUAGUGAAGUACGAGCGCAUUAAGUUCCUGGUGAUAGCUCUGAAGGACAGCAUAGAGAUCUAUGCAUGGGCACCCAAGCCAUAUCACAAGUUCAUGGCCUUCAAGUCCUUUCCCGAGCUCACACACAAGCCGCUGGUUGUCGACAUGACCAUCGAGGAGGGCAUUCGCCUCAAGGUUGUGUACGGAUCAACCCAGGGUUUCCACGCAGUAGACCUUGAUUCAGGAGCUGUCUACGAUGUCUACAUUCCUUCACAUAACCAGGGCCAAAUAACGCCACACACGAUAGUCACGUUACCAAACUCCAAGGGCAUGCAGCUGCUGCUUUGCUAUGACAAUGAAGGAGUUUAUGUGAAUAUAUAUGGUCGAGUCAGCAAAAACAUUGUCUUGCAAUGGGGAGAGAUGCCCACCUCAGUCGCGUACGUGGGAACAGGGCAAAUCAUGGGUUGGGGCAACAAAGCAAUUGAGAUACGAAGCGUGGAAUCUGGCCAUUUGGAUGGUGUCUUCAUGCACAAGAAGUCUCAGAAGCUCAAGUUCCUCUGUGAAAGGAACGAUAAGGUGUUUUUCUCGUCAGCUAAGGGCGGUACCUCCUGCCAAAUCUACUUCAUGACCCUGAACAAGCCAGGCAUGUCCAACUGGUAGAACAAGAUUCUCCUCACUGUCUCUGCUACACUGUCCUCCCCCCCAACCCUGCCGCCCCUUCUUCGCACUCUCUGCCCGUGUGUGUGUCUUUUGAAGAAAGGAAGUGCAAAGGCUCCUGCAAGUUUGCCUGCCCAAUCUCUCCUUUGUCUUUUACCCUCUCCACAUUCAGGAGAGGGAAAUUUGAGUUACAGGGAAUGAGGACCAACUGUGGUGUGAAGGCCCUUUUCUUCUUCUUCUUCUUCUUUUACCCAGGCCACUGUUAGUGAUUUUGGUUGUUUCAGAAUGGGUCCCCAUCAUUGCCGCGAAGUUGCAGAGCUCAGUUGUGUUCAGUCGUGUAGUACUGUUAGCUUGACGUGAUGUCUCCGUCAAGUCGCAUUUCGCGGAGCAUUUUUUAACGCGGCCUAACUUUAUAAAGACAGAAGAUGAUACAAUCUUUAUUAUCAAAAUUACACGAAGGAGACACUCUUCACACUUUGGCUUGCACGCUUCAUUCGCAUACGUACCUGUGGACGAUGCACUCUCGUGCAGAGGCAGCAUAUUAUUUUCAUACUUUUAGAUAUAUAAUUUUUAAUUAUUAUUAGAUACGCAGGUAUGCCAUUUUUUUUAUAUAUGUUCGGUUUUUUCAUGUGCUCCCUUUCGGGGCUCUUGGGUGCACCAACAUUAAAGGUGCACUAAAGUGCAAAAUUUUCUCUUAACAGUAUAAAAGAAGCUGUUACUUUGACACCAACACAAAAAGGAAUGCGAUUCAUCCGUUGCGUGGUUCGUGAUUUAUGCAGAGCUUUUAUUUUCUUUUUUUGCUUUCAAAUCAUGUAUGAUGCAACAGAUGAAUCCCGUUCCUUUUGUGUUGUUGUGGAGGUAACAGCAUCUUCUAUUCCGCUAAGAGAAAAUUUUUCACAUUGGUGCCUCCUUUAAGGUGUUUUAUCUGCAAAGUCGCGUAAACUCUAAAUAAGACUAUAGCACAUUUCCGAUAUAUUCCUUGCACACCGUGAAUUUAAUCUCUAAAUACAAAUUUUUAUUUUAGAUCCUGAUUCUAAACAUUUAAAUCUCACUUCGAAGAUAAGAAAUAGUAGUGACGAAAAGCGACGACGCUUCGACUGUGACACAACUGAACUCUCGGAUGCGAGGUUGAUUUAGUCUUCCGAGAGUUGACUUUUCUCAACGUUGCUUUUCUUCUCUUUUUUUGGUGCAAUAGUACGUCACUGUUUGUCUUUCUGUCUUUGUCAGAAUUUUUAGGAAAGCAAACUCUGAGUGUUUUUUUAGGUCUUUUAAGAUUGUGUUUUUUUUUUUACUUGGGCCAAGGCGUCUGACAUGUACAUAGGUAGAUAUCCUUUGUUUGUAGUCUGUUGUUUUCAUUCUGUGUUCUAAAAAGCCGUGUUGUGCACUAUACCUGUAGCUGGUUUGAACGCCCGGAGCUGACCUAAUUAAGCCCUUGGUAUUUAUUGUGUAUAUACAUAUAGAUAAAUGCGUACAUAAUUAUAUACGAAAUAGGAGAGCCCAACGAAUAUGUGCGCUCUCACCUUUUGGUACACGAGAUGCUACACAAAAAAAGGACAACCUGCUUUGCAGAGCCCGUGACUUUUGUAGUGGCAAAAUCUGGACUCCUCCGUUCUUGUGUGUAUCGUUUUACCCUUUACUGCUGGAACAUUUUUUUUUCUUCUUCUUCGUCUUCUGAUUUUAGUUUUACUGUGCUAGUCUGCCCUCACGUUUUUUUUUUUUUUUAGCUAGUUCAGAUCUUUUUAAAGGAGUGUCCCAAAGUGCUUCAAUGUCUAUGCUGGAAUACCAUCAGAGAAGCCAGACUACAUUUUUUUUAUAUAUACGUAUAUGUCUGCCUUUAGAAAUGACGACGAAAAGGCACCGUUUUCUAUACUUUGUUUCGUGAUAGCGUUAUGGAUCUGGUAGAGCAGGCAAAUCAACCGAUGAAUCGUCUCCAGACUGUAGAGGAGCUCUAAAGUGGAAAUUAGUAUCUUCUCCUGUUGUGUUGUCAGUUGUUGGGGGCCGACAAACAGAGCCGAGAAACAAGACAAGGCGUAGUGGAGCACGACAUUAUAUUUACCCUCUACCCCCCCCCCCCCCCCUUCUUGUUGGAAACACCAGCUCAUUAUAUGAUGUUUAACGAUAGUGCCAAAGUUUUUUAUACGACAUCUUGUAGGUUUUGUGAGGCUUUUUUGUUCAGUAACCGUAGGCCUGGGUUUCUGGCUUGCAUCGAGGCAACGUUGAAUAGUCAAGAACGUUUUGUACGACCUGUGUACGUGUACAUAUACCUCUACCGUGCUUACUUUUGAGAACCCCUUCAAGUGGAGUUGUGCCACAACAGUGGACUUAUAUAUAUAUAGAUCAUCUUGGGGCAACAUGUACUACCUGUACCCACCACAAGCAAAAGCAACAUUGUACAAUGUAUAACAAUAUCUAGUGCUAUUCCCCCCCCCCCCUCCCCAGAGCUUUCUCACUUUUUUUUUUUUUUUUUUUCACGAGGACGCUGUGUGUUGUGUCACUACUAUACGAUGAGGAGCUUGCAGGCAGGAAGGAAUGUGUGGAAGGUGAUUGCCGUUUCCUGUGACAUUUUUCUGAAAUACGAUGAUGAGAGGCUGUAACAUACACAUUUUAUAUGUUCUGAAUGCUCUAGUGAUUCUUUGUCAAUAAAAUUUUACAAAUUUU